AUGAUUAGUGGGAUUAAAUGGGACGCCGCGGGGGUGCAGCGAGAGGCGGACUUGGCGCACUUGCGCCGCGCCGCCGGUGAAAUCUACUUUGCCGCCUGCUUCAAAAACAACUUCCGGACGCCGGAAGUGGCGGUGCCCGUGGGCAAUGGGUUGAUGCAAGACAAUAACAACUACCAGAUUGCGGAUUCGUCGUCGUUUUCGAAUUUCGGCUAUUAUCCGCCGAUUCGCAACAGACGCAAACAAACCCCAAGGAAAUUGCUCAAGGUUGGAGACGAAGACGUGCUGGACAUCGGUCGACUUCAAGAAGAAGAUUUUGAGAAAAUCACCGUUUUCCAUGUUCCGGAUUCUGCAACAAAGGAUUGUCAGCCAGAGCGAGCUGAGUCAAGUUUGCCUAGAAACUUGGUCCUUCGACCUUCCCAUACUUUGGCAGAUGAACCCGGUUCGGGCCUUUGGUCGGCGAAAUUCACGCCAGGAACAAUGUGCCAAAAACGGCGAAACAAAGAAAACGAAUUGUACUUCUACGUGGAUGGUUUCGAUGUGACGAAGGCGAAUUGGAUGCGAUAUGUGAACCCGGCAUAUUCCUCAGAAGCUCAGAAUCUCAUCGCCUGUCAGUACAAGAUGAAUAUUUAUUUCUACACCAUCAAGCCAAUUUACCCGAACCAAGAAUUGCUGGUUUGGUAUUGCAAAGAAUUUGCAGAACGGCUGAAUUACCCUUUGACCGGGGAACAAAUGCUUCAACGAAUCCGUCAGCAGGUGGCCCAACAGCCCAGACUGCCGUCUCCACAGCCGUCAAUGCCGUCUCCAGCCCCGUCUCCGUCAUCGACAACCACUAGUAGCCCAGCGACGUCGACGGUGAGCGACGACAAGCGGACGCUUUUGUUACGAAUGGCGGUAGAUGCAGCCAUUAGCCGCAAGAGGUCACACCCUACUGAAGGUUCCGUUCGCUCCGACGAAGGCUACCAUUCCACUGGAUUCCACGAGGAUGAAGGAGCAUCGCCUGUCAAGCAUAAAAUAGAGCCUGAAUCUGAUGCGGAAUCCGAGACGGAUUACGUGUUGGACUUCAGUCGGAAACCGGCAGCGAAACCCGUGAAAACUGAAGCUGCUGAAGAAGUGGAUGAAUCGCAUUUGAUGAGGAACGAGUUCCGGAAGGUGAAGAUCAAAAUGCCAAGGACGUACAAUGCUUACAAGCAGCCCAGUAGUAGCAGUAACAACAACAGUGUUGCCAUUGCUGAUGAACCAGAGCCAGUGAAACCUGUGUUCCCUGAACCUGCCCCUGUUCAAGAGGACAUCAAACCGAGUCCACAUCAUUCGACCCAUGAUGAAAGAGGAUGGAUACCAGAGGAAUUCCGGAGGGGCCACCAGGUGUCGCUAAGAAUCAGCCCAGACAGCUCAGACCCCCGAAGCUGGUCUCCAUCUUACCCACCAUACCCAUACGAACAACCGAGGUUCCCUCAACAACACCAAGCUCAACAACCCCAACAACCACAACACCAGCCUCAACAGCACAAUGUGCCAGAUUCACCCCCGAGAAACCUGGCCCCGGGCACUCCAUCAAACACCUGGGCUCUGAGUCCAGGUGCAUCAUCCGCAGUUUCCAGUUCGGAGUUGCCGGGUUCAGCGUCACAAGGGUCAGGGGCCACCAACAGGGGCUACAAGGCACUUCCGUACCCACUCAAGAAGAAGGACGGGAAAAUGCAUUACGAGUGCAUCGUGUGUUGUAAGACGUUUGGGCAGUUGUCGAAUCUCAAGGUGCACCUGAGGACGCAUAGUGGUGAGCGGCCGUUCAAGUGCGACAUCUGUACAAAGACUUUCACUCAGCUGGCCCAUUUGCAGAAGCACAACUUGGUCCACACCGGUGAAAAGCCUCAUCAGUGCGACAUCUGCAAGAAGCGGUUCAGCAGCACCAGUAACCUGAAGACCCACCUGCGACUCCACUCUGGGCAAAAGCCGUAUGCGUGCGACCUCUGUCCGGCCAAGUUCACACAGUUUGUCCACCUCAAGCUCCACAAGCGUCUGCACACCAACGAACGCCCUUACAUUUGCACCCAGUGCAACAAAAAGUACAUAUCUGCUUCUGGGCUCAGGACUCAUUGGAAAACUACCAGUUGUAAGCCAGUCACAGCUGAGGAUGAGUUUGUGAUGCAGCGUUCUCCACCUGCGAGUGGCAUCCCUGGUUUCUAUCCUCCUGGAUACGAUUACAGCAAUGGGAAAUAUGAAAGCUGCGACAAUGGAACUGAUGGAGAAGGCAGUUUGUUGUCAAGUUCACCGCCUGCGUCCAACCAUGGAAUGAUGGCUGCUUCUCCUGAAAGUGUUGCUCAUUUCGAACCUGAACAGCAGCCCGUGAAACCGCAGCAGCACCAUCAGUUCCAAGACUCCGUUGGCAACUCUCGCCAUGGCCAUCGUCAGCAUUUCUCCUCCCCUGGAAUCGUUUCUCCACCUCCUCAACCACCACUUUCUCACCCGCCUUUACCAUCGGCUCCACCGCCUCAACCAUCGCAUCACCUGCACCACUUGCACCAUCACCACCUCCACCACCACCACGGGCACCAUCACCACCAUCAUCAUCAUCCUCAGCCACAUUACUCUGCGGACGUGCCGCCACCUGACGGCAGGACGCGGAACUCACCCAGUCCUCAUCACGCACUUGCUGGCAUCCCUAUGGACAUCGUGGACCUCAAACCCCCUUCCCCGGAAUUGCAAGCUGGCAACCCUGCUCGUCCUAGAAUCAUAGAGUGCACGUAAGAUGGCGACUCUAGUUUCUGGUGUUGAGAAUGGCGGGAAAAUGGAAAAAAAAGAACUUAUCCGGUCUCUGGAAAACGAAAUUUUUGAUCGUUGAUGUGGUGUAAACUUUGCUUCUUUUGGCUUUUUUUCCAUCUGAAUCUUUGUGUCGUGUUUUUUCGACGUUUUUGGGUGAGGCCAACUGGUGGCAGAAAAAUUCUCAGUAUAAUGCUUCAUAAAUUAAUAGCCGAGACAACUUUCUCUUUCAUUUCUUUCAAAGAAGAGGUCUGUUUGUAAGUCAAUAAUUUAUUUUUGUAAGACGCGAGAUCGUUCUUACGAAAUUCUUCAACUUUUUUGGAAUAAUUGGACAAAGGAACUCAUGCAUUUCUCGAGGCAUUUUCGAAGAAAUCAACUGUGUUGGGACUUGUUGGAAGGAGUCCGAAAUCUCGCUGGAAUGCUUCGAACGAAGAGACCAAAGUGCUCUUUCGAUUAUUUUAACAUCUAGAAAAAAUUUGAAACGAUUCUUUAGGGAUGAGUUGCCUUCGAAGUAAUGAAGGAAUUUCACAGUAAUUCCUUUUAACACGAGGGUUGGUUCAUAAGUUUCAUUUUGUUUUAUGCUUCCCAUUCGAAAAAAGUGAUACAGUAUUUUAUCGAUUUUCAAGCAAAAUUUUUUGCACAACCAAUAAGUUGAAGUGGAGAGCUUUUAAAAUGCCUUAAGGAAUCAAGGCUAAUAUCUGAUGGGUUUGAGGCCGUCCAAGUAAUAAAAACGUUUCAAAUUCCUGUAAAUUCCCCCGAUGAUUAUGUCUCAUAUUUUAAAAAACCAUUUGACAAAUUUAGAUCCUGGCGAUUUCAGUCCUAUUACUAAUACAGUAUUUCAGUUUGCGGGGUUGUAAUUGAGAAAAAUCCUUAGCGAAUGAAUUGAGGCUCUCUUUUAAGUUCCAGUUAUUUAUCCUUCGAAAACCUUUUCAAACUUGAGAACCACCCCUCUCCAUUUUUACAAAGCUUUCGAUAUCGAUAAUUUCCGUAUUUUUUUGUGUCUGAACAAUAUUAUCUUGGAUCUGCUUGAAGAAGAAUUCUGCGAAUCACCAGUUGACCCCACUUUAAAUGUGUAUACAAAAAAAAAGAAGAAAAACGUUGUUUCGUUCCCUGUUUCGGUGUGAGGUGGUCAACGGAUCUGUGAUUUUGUAAGCGAAAAAAAAGGAAAAUGUUCUUGCGUGAAACACCUUGGAUUCCAAUAUUUGCCCUCCAAAAAAAAAAGUAGCUGGUGCUUUAUUUUUCCUCCUAUUUUUUCUCAAACCGGCGGAAAAAGGGGGAAAAGCCUAAAUUGUGAUGUUUCAUCCUCGGCAUGGUGUUGAAUAUAAAUCAAUGGUUGUUUUCUUUUGGACAAAAGAGAAGCAGAAAGUUUUUUUUGUUUUUGUUAUUUUAGUUGCAGUGCAGAGAGAAAAAAGCUUUCGGUUGUUGAAUUUUUUUUCUCCCCGGAAGGAGGGAAAACGGAAGUAUUAACUCGGUGUCGUCCAGCAGCUCUUUUGCACACUUUCGCUGUGCCAAAAAAAAAUUUUGUUUUCCUUCUGCAAAAAAUGGCCCUGUGAUUUUUUGAGUCCCCGAAAAGAAAGUGUCCCUACCCCCCUUUUUAAUUUAUGAACUGUCUUUCGAGGCAGAGAAUCUCUGUGUGUUUUAUGCUUUCGGUGUACACCUUCGUGUUGAAAUUGAAAUUUUGCCACUGAUGUUCUGGGUGUUAGUCGCGAGGAUUUGUUGAUGGGAUGUUGAGAAAAAAAAAAGGAGAAGGAGCGGAGGAAAAUUUGGUGGAAAAUGAAAUACAAACGGAGCUGUGUUUCGGAAAAAAAA